AUGGUAAGAAUAGGGCAGGGUGGGCUCGCAGUGCUUUAUGUUCUCUAUGGUGUUCGGUUCCACGCCCUCGAGGGCAGGACAGGGGUGGUUUCCCACGUGGCCAGUUUCGAUGCUGAGCUCAGGCUCUGGGAGUCCCGUGUGAGCGAGGUCCUAGAGCGAGGGAUCGGGAAAGCCCGCCGGAUUGCGGGGAUUCUCCACAGGGAGCCCGUGCCUGUCACAGUAGUGGGGAAGUCAUCAAGGGCAGAAGAUGGUGCCAGAUCUAGAAGGAAAGGAGGUUCAUCCUCUUGGCAACCUGAGGGCCUAUUUCUGGAUGAAGGGAUAGAGUCGCUGAAGAAGUGUGUGGAGGGUUACAUUGCGAGAAUAGAGAAGGAGGGCCAGUGGUACCAGGCCCUGAAGGCCCAUGUGGAGGAGAAGCUACAACUAGCCAGCGAGGAGAUUGCCCAGGUGCGCAGCAAGGCCCAAGCGGAAUCCUUGGCCUUCCAGGCCAGCCUGAGGAAGGAGCAGAUGCGCAUCCACUUGCUGGAGAAGACAGUGGAGCAAAAGACUAAGGAAAACGAGGAACUGACCCGGAUCUGUGAUGACCUCAUCUCCAAGAUGGAGAAGAUCUGACAUAACCCCACCCCGUGUGUGUGUGUGUGUGUGUGUGUGUGUGUGUGUGUGUGUAUGCGCGUGCGCGCGCACACCUAUCUUUCUGUCUGCCUGUCUGUGGAAGUUUUCCUGUUCUUCUCUCUUGAUCUCUUGUUUUUAAACUAGACUGCUUUAAAAAGAGUAAAUAAAGAUUGCCUUUGGUUCAAAAAAAAAAAAAAAAUCCCAGGGGGCCAUGGGAUCCGAGUGGAAACGGGCUCCAGAUGUCCUGCUUUUGCCUGCUGGGUCUCAAUGUCCUGCCUUACUGAGCACUUGUCCUCGCUUUCAUAUAGACUUAAGCUUGAGAGAUGACCAGCAAUAAGCUGUCCCUUUCUACCUGAACCUUCUUUUCAAUGACAAGUACAAAUGCAACCAGGCAGGUAGGCCUAGGGGCCAUGACUCAUCUCUUGAGGGACCUAGCAGUGGUGUUUGACCCCUGCAGCCCUUGCUGGCCACUGUCAGCCAGUUGGCCAAGGCCUGUGUACAGAUGCAUGGAGUCCCUCAGCCACAGCUAUGGGGGUCCCUGGGAAAGUGAGCUAUUUUAAGUUGGGUCUAUGUAACUGUAAUAUCUUCUCUCUUCUAUGAGAGUUAAUUGAGAAAAUGUACAUGUCACAGAAUAAAUAAUAAAAAAAAGCACUGAAAUCAUUACAAAAUAGAUAGGAAUCAUUACAAAACGCAUCAACAGAGUGCAUACCCGGUUGGUUAAAAGAAGACCCAUCGGGUACUGGUCAGUGUGGAUAAUUCCUGGACAAGGGAUGCUGUAAGUCAAGACAAAACUCCUGGGGCCCUCCCAUUUCCUGAGGUGAUGGGCUGACCACAGAGAAGAAGGCAAAUCAUCACACUUCGGGUCUACACUACCAACUUGGUUUCAGUUUGUCACAGAAGUUAGAAGUAGGAAUGUCACGAUGAAAUAACUGGGUGAUGGGCAUUAAGGCCGGCACGUGACGUGAUGAGCACAUUAUAUGCAAAUGAUGAAUCACUGAACGCUGCAUCAAAAAUUAGUGAUGUUCUAUAUGUUGGCUAAUUGAAUUUAAAUAAAUUAAUAAAAUGAAAAAACAAAUA